GUGACAGCUCUGUCAGUUCAGUCGAUCUCCAUAGUGUCGGUUUGCUACAAACGCAAAUUAAGAUUGCCAUAUUAAAAGACAUUCGGUUAAACCACAAUAAUAAACAUACGUAUAGUCUUGUAAUGAAGCAAGACUUGGUCAUUCAUCUAUUCUUUAAUGUAUCUGCAACAAAACUUGCCGGUAGUCUUAAAACCUGGACACGAAAGUGCACAAAAGUGCAUCUGUGAUGACUUCUGUAAACAUAACUUAAUGCAAAGGAUGUCAUGGUUUAAAUGAGAAUAUACUAUCGGCCCAUAGACGUGUGUGAAAUAAUAUAAUUCAAUUACAACAUAUACAGUAUAGAUAACAAAUUACAAUAGUUAUAUCGAUAUUCACACUAUAUAACGUUGAGUCUGCUGUAGAGACCCAUCAAUAAUUGAUAUUGUAAGAACUAGAAUGUCGCGAUUAUUUACUGUAAAACAGUAACAGUUUUCAAUACAUAACAAAUAAAUUUAACAAAUAUGCAUUUUUAUACCAUAUAAGAACCAGAAAAUGUGAUGUAUUUAUCAAUAAAUUUAUUUAUUAAUUGUGCAACGUUACUGGACAGUUUUGAUCACAUGACCUACUUUUCACUUGCUGAAUAGACAAAUCGUACCAACUAUGAGUGCGUCUGUAGCUUGUUAGGCGUUCGAUUCCAGCUGUUUGGCAUGUUUAAUAUUUUCAAUCUGCAAGUCAUGGGCUGUGGUUUAAUACCUGCAAAUAAUAUAUCGGAUGCCUACUAAAUGCCGCCUAGAAAGAGAAGACAAAGUACCCACUGUGAUGAUAACGGACGGGAUAUCGGAGAAGGAGAUGGUAUCCCAAGCUCAGUGGAAAAAGUGAAGAAUCCCAGUGACAUUCUGAAAGGUGUCGAUAGUACAGCAGAGAAGAAAAUCCCGACCGCUCACUUGACUCUUGAAGCUGAAUUUAAUCAAAUAGGAAAUUUAGAAACAGAGAGUGGACAGAUCAAGUCCUUUUCUGCAGCGACUUCAGAAUCAUGUGGGAAACAGCCAACAAGAUUCAGUACACGGAUAGUAAAGCGACCACGACGUGAUCUUAGCCCUCCGGAAUCUCCUGUUAAGAAAGGUAAGAAGGCUGCCACAUCCGGGGACUGUGUGAGUCACUCAGGGACCCCAGAGACGAAGGGCAAGCGCCAGUGGGAGCUCUGGAGUCAGGAGGACAAGGACAGCUUUUUUGAGGGCCUUUGUGAGUAUGGAAAAGACUUUGAGAGCAUCCACAACUUUAUAGUUGCCAAGAGUAAAAAGAAGAGCUCGUCUGUGGGUCUGACAGUGAAAAACAAGGAACAAGUGAGGCACUUUUACUACCGCACGUGGCACAAGAUAUCCAAGCUUAUUAAGCCAGUGCAAGAUCUGAAGAAAGAUGUGCAGGAGCUGUAUGGACUCAUAAGUUAUAGCGUCUUUCGAAAGAGACUGCGCUGUGGACUUAACCUCAAUGAUAAGAACUGGCAGAAGUUGAAUGACUUGGUACACCAUGGAGCUGCCACAAUUAAGUUAAAAGGGAAAAGAAUAAGGUUGAAAACCCCAGUGUGCAAUGCAUUGAAAAAAUUGAACCUUUUUGAAGAACCUAAAAGAGAACCAGGACCAAAGCUGCCAGACAAGAUCACUGUGGAGUUUCGACCCAGGACCAACUAUGCCUGGCACCGUGUUCAAGACCUGGCACACAACCCGCGGGUACGGGUCACAGUGAACCCAGACAGGCACCUUGUCUCCAUCAUUAAGUACCUGGACCAGAAAUGGACUUCACAGCGACUCAAACAUAAGGAGCGACUGGGUGCCACAGAAGUCAGCUGUGAAGAGUUCCGAGUGUUCCCAUGGAAACAGGCUACGCUGCGUUCGCUGAGCCUGGAACCAGUGGAUGAACCAGUGUUACAGUUCUCCCUUGAUAAACAUUGCAAAGAAUUCUUGAGCAGUCCUCAUGCAAGCAAAAAGAGGAAAGACCGAGAUGGUUUGUCUGUUCAGCAGUCAUUGGCAGUAGUUUCUGAAGUGUAUGACGAUGUGACUAAGUCUGUGAUAUCAGAAAAUCUAUGUCAAUGUCCCGAUGGUUGUGCUACCUGUGAAUGUCAGGAACUGAUGGAACCUAGGUCCUUAAUUGACAGUGUCAGGUCAUUACCAAAACAGUCAAAUUUGUGUCCCUGUAUGUGCAAUAAGAGUGAAACCCAUGGCCGAAGGAGCGCAGAUCCCGAUGAUUGGCAAGAGCGGAAUACGAAUGUGUCUGCUGGAGCCGGAUCUGAAGGAAGUGAGUGUGAUUAUAGACCGGAAGGCCCCAGUGAGAUCACAGACUACCCUAGUGAGCGAACAAUUCAGUCCAGCCAGUGUGUGGAGGCCAAGAGAUUCUCCACAGAGGUCAGUGUCAUGGCAGACGGAGAGGACGCCAUGUUUCCAGACACCGUUGAUACCGAGCACUUUAACGCAGAGUUCAACAGUCCAAACUCUGAAACCUCCGCAAACGCGUCCUUCGAAGACCUGGACAAUGAAAUAGAGCCCGAAUGUGCACGAUCUCUGAGUGAGCAGAUGGCUUCUAGUCAAACCAAUGCAAAGAACAUUUUCUCCCAGAUGCUGGAGACUGGGUGGGGGUUGGGAGGCAGUUCUAGCGUGACUGUGGCUGAGCUGUACCUGAUGUUUGGGGGUGAGGGGGAGGUGAAGUGUGAGUAUGACUGGGUGCGGGGCGAGCAGCCUGCACACCUAAUACAGGAGGAGCUGCUCAUCACCCUCAACAACAUGCUGCGCCGUCUCUCACACCUUGCUACCAUGGAGAUAACAGACUUCUCCAAGACAACGGGUGUGAACAUGACAUGCCAGCUGUGUGGUCACACCCCCAGUAGCAGUGUCAAGGCCAGCAAGCCUGCGAGUGCUAAGAGGUCGCGGAGGGACAUCUCCACACAGACCCUUCCUGUACAGAAUACCAGUGUCUCCCUGGCGGUGAGCACGCUACCCAUGAGCAGUAUACCAGUGACUAGCGAGAAUGGUUUCUUCCGCAUACCGGUGAUGCCUACAGCGUGUAAAACUAUGGUCACCACGAGUAGUGCGCUGUCAGCCAGAGAGAUGAUCCAGCGAUAUAACCCAGCUAACCUGAAUGUUCAGAAACCUUUCAUGCGCAGAAAGCUGAAGCCAUUGCGAGGCCGGUCUGGUUCUACGCAGACGUCACUCAUCCAGCGCACCAUCCUGCCCAAGAAUUCCGAGUACAUUGCCAUCAUACCCAUGGUGCCUGGCACCCAGAUCCCCAACCCACCACCCUCCACCCUCCUCACUUCGGUCUCCACGGUGACAGGGCAGGUCAACGAGACCAUUAUAGGUCACCCUGUGUCUGGCAUUCCCACUCAGCCUCUCACGUUCAUCACGAAUCCACCGACAGUCACCACAAUGGCAGCCACAUCUUUCAGUCCAAAAAUAGCAGCAUCUACAGAUAUUGGCAGCUGUCACACACCCCAGUCCACGUCAGAAUAUGGAAGCAUGAACCUAUCUCCUAAUGGAGAUGAAACACUUCUGCAUAUCCCAGAAUCUCAUCUGGGUUCGAUGUCUCCCCAGUCCCUAAAGGCAGCAGGCAUGUCAGCAGUGCGGGACACAGGUCAUAUGGCCACUCACUCCAGCAGCUACCACGCCACCACAACCAGCUACUGUGGGCCAGUCUCUCCACCCAAUCUCUCAGCACUACUGGACAUAUCACUGUCUACAGGUGACCUUGAAGCAGACACCACAUUCUCCAGCUUGCUUGACGACAACAGCAAGUCCUUGACCCUGGACCGAGGACUGGUCACCCCGCCCAUCCGGUCUGAGCCAGACCAGAGGUCAGGCCGACCCAGUCACAGUCCUCCUGUGAGGUCAUUAUUUAGGGCAUCCACCCCAGAGCACUCCUGGAGCCUCAAUGGAGACAUUCAGGACCUGUCCCUAUCAAGUCUGCUCGAGUCCCCCUGCAAGCCAGCCAACAGCACACCUCUUGCUCUGUUCAAUGAGAACUCACGGGACUUCCAUGCUCACAGGCACGAGGUUGAUGCCACGUUACAAAGCAUGAUGCAGGAGAGCAGUAUUGACUAUGUGAGAAAGUUUCAAGACCUGGCCGAGCAGAUCACAAGGGGAGAUCUCUCCAGCACACAGGAUCAGUCAACAGCGCAUGGAUCUUAAUACCAUCAAGUUUGAUCAGUCAACGGUGUGUGGAUCUUAACACCAGCAAUGCUUGAUCAGUCAACGGCGCAUGGAUCUUUACACCAGCAAUGCUUGAUCAGUCAACAGGGCGUGGAUCUUAAUGCCAUCAAGCUUGAUCAGUCAACAGUGCAUGGAUCUUAAUACCAUCAAGCUUGAUCAGUCAACAGCGCAUGGAUCUUAAUACUUGCAAGCUUGAUCAGUCAACAGCAUAUGGAUCUUAACACCAUCAAGCUUGAUCAGUCAACAGCGCAUGGAUCUUAAUCAUUGCAAGCUUGAUCAGUCAACAGCACAUGGAUCUUAACACCAGAAAGCUUCAUCAGUCAACAGCGCAUGGAUCUUAAUACCUGCAAGCUUGAUCAGUCAACAGUGCAUGGAUCUUAAUACCAGCAAUGCUUGUUCAGUCAACGGUGCGUGGAUCUUAACACCAGCAAGCUUAAUCAAUCAAGGGCGAAUGGAUCUUAACACCAUCAAGCUUGAUCAAUCAACGGCGCAUAGAUAUUGUAACCAGUAAACUUGAUAAGUUAAUGGCACAAAGAUUUAACCCCUUCAAGCUUGAUCAGUCAACGACGCAUGGAUCUUAAUACCAGCAAGCUUUAUCAGUCAACGGCACAAGGAUCUUAAUAUCAGCAAGCUUGAUCAGGCAAUAUUGCAAAGAUCUCAACACCAACAAGCUUGAUCAGUCAAUGGCACAUGGUGAUCUUAACAUCAGCAAGCUUGAUCAGUCAAUGGCACAUGGAUCUUAACAUCAGCAAGCUUGAUCAGUCAAUGGCACAUGGAUCUUAACAUCAGCAAGCUUGAUCAGUCAAUGGCACAUGGUGAUCUUAACACACCUGAUUAGUCAGCACAAGGAUUUUACUGCAUAGCAGAUCAGUCAGACCUUCAGAGUGCCUUUUGAUUAAACAUGGCAAAAAUCUACACUGUGCCUUAACAGUUAACUGUAAUCAACAGCGCAAUUAUAUAACUCAGACUGUCUGGAUCAGCCAAUGUGACUGUGAUUUCAACUCCUGCAUUCAUGUUUAGUCAACAGCACAGUGAUCUUAAAUGGGCACGCCUGAUCAGUCAGCAUAGCAUGGCUAUAAACACCAGCACUUCUAUUACUAGUACACAAUGCUGUGAACAUAACCUUUAAUCCAGCACUUUUGAUCUGUCAACUCUUUUGUGAGCCUAACCUUAAAUCCUUUACUUUUGAUCAGUCAACAGCACUUCAAGCAUUACCUCAACCGGUACCCACAAUUUUGAUUGGUCCACACGACUAUGAUAUAAGCUCUUGCAUGCAUGUCCAGUUAACGUAAUUAUAAUCUUACUAUGCCAGAUUAGUAAACUGCGUAAGGAUUUCAUCUUCAGCCUAUCCGAUCAGUAUACAAGGUGGUCUUAAGUUUGUUACUGAUCACCCAUCAACUCCAGUGUACCUUAUCCAACAACUGCGCAUACUGACUGUUGAUGAUUUUAAAUUGUUGAAUGCCUGCCUUUUGCAGAUUGCCAAUCUUUGACACUUAUUGUUAAUGCCCAAUUUGAAUAUUAGUUUAACACAUACUUGUUUAAAGUAAAACCUCUGCACGAUGAACAGUCAUACACCAGUCCAGUGAUGCACCUAACAAAGUUGUAUAAUCUAGUUUAAGUAUCUUUAUUUUAUAUCUUCACAUGAUCAGUGUUCCAUUAAAUUGUUAUUUUAAGCUUUUAUUUGAUAGAAUAUUCAAGGAUAUAUAGGUAUUUUUAAUUUGCUAAUUGUAACUGUAAGGAAUACGUUUGUGUUGUACUUAUUUUAUCACUUGGAAGUGUUCAUAGUAAUAGUUUUACAAAAAUGAAACAAGCUUUUUAUACACCCGUUUGAUGAAUUAUUGGGCCUAUUAUGGGAACCCCCCCUAGCAGGCUGCGGGCGGGAGUUGUCUUAGGGAACCAUGUCUGCUUUAUUAUCCCCCGCCAUAGUCUUUCCGUCCGUCCGGCACUUUUGUGUCCGGAGCCAUAUCUUGGAAGUGCUUUGGAAGAUUUCAUUGAAACUUGGUAUGAGUAUAUAUAUGGAUAAGAGUAUGAUGCACACCUAAUGGCAUUGUACACCAUCUGUUAAAAACAGAGUUAUGGCCCUUUGUCUCUUAACAAAAGGCCUUUUUAGCCGAGUGUCAAAUAUAACACUUUUGUGUCCAGAAGCAUAUUGGCGUGAGAUAUCAAUUCAACGAAUUUGCUUGUUAAUCAUACAGUUUAAAUGAAAUGGUCAUGAAACUUGGUGAUAAUGUUUGUGGUUAUAAUAUCCUGGCCGAGUUCUCUCACCAGCCAGAUUGCCUGAAGAACUUUUCAAUUUUCGCCCUUAAAAUAUUAAGAUACUAGUCAAAAUAUGAUUGUUUGAUCCCAAACUCGAAUAGUUAAAUCUUAUUGUCAUGAAAUUUGGUGAUGAUGUUUUGCGGCAUAAUAUCUCUGCCAAGUGUGAUAAACAGCUAGAUAGUUUUAAGUACUUCUGAAUUGUGGCCAUUAAAUUGUUAAAAAAAUGACCAAAUAAACUUGUCUGUCCUUUAACUGCACUGGUUUUGAUCUAUUGUCAUCCAACUUGGUCACAAUGUAUGUGGGCCUAAAAUAUUUGUCAAUUAUGGAGAGAAAAACCAGAUCGUCUAAAGCUUUUCUGAAUUAUGGCCCUUUAAUAAUCUAAAAUUUGCUUAAUUAAAAUCCUCAAACCAGACCUUUUAAGACUUGUAUUUUUUUGGACAAGUUGGCACUCUUUGUUUAAGUCGUCUCUACAUAUCUGUCUAAAUAUUUAUACCCCCAUUACCAUUGGUAAUGGGGGCUAUAUAGGAGUCACUUUGUCGGUCGGUCUGUCUGUCUGUCUGUCCGUCCCAAAAUUUCAUCUGAUCUUCACCAAACUUGGUCACAAGUUGUAUCCAGGUGAUGUAUAGGUCAAGUUUGAAUAUGGGUCAUGCCGGGUCAAAAACUAGGUCACUGGGUCACUUGGUGUGUUUUAAACCCAAAGUUUGUCAGGACCAUAACUAUGUCAUUUAAGAUUAGAUUUUAAAAUAACUUGGUACAUGUGUUCACCAUCAUGGGACGGUGUGUCGCGCGAAACAAUAAUGUGGAUAUCUCCCAGGUCAAGGUCACACUUUGAGUUCAAAGAUAAUAAAUGGCCAUAAAUGAGCUUGUCCGGGCAAUAACUAUGGCAUUCAAUGUGAGAUAUUAAAAUCAUUUGGCAUAUUUGUUCACCAUCAUUGGACGGUGUGUCGCACGAAAGAAUUACGUUGAUAUAUUGAAGGUCAAGGUCACACUUUAAGUUCAAAGGUCAAAAAUGGCCAUAAAUGAGCUUGUCAGGUCCAUAACUAUGUUGUUCAUAGUGAGAUUUUACAAUCAUUUGGCACAUUUGUUCACCAUCAUUGGCCGGUGUGUUGCGCAAAAGAAUUACGUCGAUAUCUCCAAGGUCAUGGUCACACUUUGAGUUCAAAGGUAAAAAAUUGCCAUGAAUGAGCUUGUCCGGGCCAUAAUUAUGUCAUUCAUUGUAAGAUUUUAAAAUAAUUUUGCACAUUUGUUCACCAUCAUUGGACGGUGUGUCUCGCGAAAGAUUACGUCGAUAUCUCCAAGGUCAAGGUCACACUUUGAGUUCAAAGGUUAAAAUGGCCGUAAAUGAUCUUGUCCAGGCCAUAACUAUGUCAUUCAGGGCUUUUUUUAAGCGGGCACCCGCUUGCCCGUGACAGGUUAAAAUCGUCGUGGGCAAGUGAUUUUCCAAAGUAGAUAGUCCGCCUGGCAAGUCAGUUUCGUAUAAUCAUCAUUGCGGUAUUUUUUCGACUUUUCCCCUUGUAUCUAUUUAUUUUCUUUGGGUCAAUAUAUUUUUUUAUCAAGUACAAGUAAAACGAGAUUUGAUUGGUCGCUUGCAUUGUAUAAGCCAAUCUAAAAGCUCAAAACAAGUUCUACUCGGCAGACGUUUCAACAUGACGGACGGUAGCGUCCAGCUGAUCUUUUCUAUUUUUAAUAAAAGUAUUUUCAAACUCUGAACAAUCAUUUUCACAGUACUUUUUUAAGCCCUCCCCCGUUUUAAUCUAUGCCAUAACUUGUAUAGAUAUAGUGACAAGUAUACCGUUUUAAAAUUUUUAUAGUAAUAAACUCUUCAAAUGUUUUGUAUUCAAUAUUGACUAUUCAAUGAAAUUAAACUGUCCAGAUUUUGUUAUGUUGACAACUUUAUGUUAUAAAAACGAUUAUUAUUUUAUUUUUGAUACAUUGAAUAUAGCUGAAAUUAAAUCUAGCAUAAUAAUGCAUGUGAAUCAAUGCUUUAAAGAUCAAAUGACAAUAACAAAUUGAUUUCAAAAUAGGGCAACCAGUUUUUAAUGAGGGCAAGUAGAUGUUCAAAGUAAUUUACCCCCGGGAAAGUGAGUGUCAAUUUCUUACUUUAACCCCUGUGUCAUUAAUUGUGAGAUUUUAAAAUUACGUGAUACAUUUGUUCACAAUCGUUGGACAAUGUGUCAUGCAAAAGAAUUAUGUCGAUAUCUUCAAGGUCAAGGUCACACCUGGAGUUCAAAAGUGAAAAAUGACCAUAAAUGAGCUUGUCCAGGCCAUUACUAUGUCUUUAAUUGUGAGAUUUUAGAAUGACUCAGUACAUUAAUUUUGUUCACAGUCAUUGGACGGUGUGUCAUGCAAAAGAAUUCAAGAGUUCAUAGAUCAAAAUGGCCAUAAAUAAUAAUGGCAUAAUAAUUUUUAAAAAUCGCUAUUAAGAUUCUCUUGUUUUGUGAAGACAGCAUGCAAAAUAGUCUGUGUCAAUGCGGCAAGUGGGGGUAUACGUCACGUCUGUGACAAAGCUUAGUUGACAAUGUGUUUGACACAUAAAUACUGUGCUUUUUGUUUCUGUUAACAUGAAAGUGUGUUUGUUCUUGGACAGUGCUAUUCAUUGAUUUAUUUAACUUCAGUGAGCAAAGGUAUUGUUGUUCUAAUUAGCUUUUUCAGUAUUUACUGUAGGUUCCAUUUUGUACGAACCAUUUAGCAUUUGAGCAUUGAUCAUAUUUUACACGACAAGCUGCCAAGCUACGCAGUAUAUGAUACUUGUACCUGUAGCAUAAUAUGUAGAAGACUGCUCUAUCUAAAAUGGGCGCUGACUUGCGUAAACAUAUUAAAUGUUUAUUGUGAUUAUUGUUAACGUAUUUAAUUGUUAAACAUUAAUAAUAAAAAAUACUUGAUGUUAA